AUCUCCCCCCAGUUCAAUGGCUCCCCCCUCCGUGUAUUUCGGCUAGGUUUUAAUUGUUUUUACCAGUUUUUAGUUUUUACCUCUCGUGGUUUUGAAAUUAAGUUUUGACUCUAAUUUAUUAAUGCGAAUUCACUCUUGGAUACCAGAGAGGUGUUACAUCACACAAUUUCGAUAUUCUGUUUCAUAUUACACUUGUAUGUAAUGUAUGAGUGUGUCUUGUUUUUUAACUCUUAAAGGACGCCAAUAUAAUGUUAACGGGAAAGAAAGAUAUCACAAAGUUGAUGGGCACUGCAAUAAAAAUUUCUAGGCUUGCAACUACAGUAAAGCAUAGUCCUGGUAAUUUCUAUGAUUUGGUUGUUGUUGGAGGUGGAAUUGUUGGCCUUGCAACAGCAAGACAACUUGCACAUCGUUAUCCUGGAAUGAAACUUGCACUUGUCGAGAAAGAGUCCGCCUUAGCUCAGCACCAGUCCUCUCACAAUAGUGGGGUGAUCCACUCUGGAAUAUAUUAUACACCAGGAACACUCAAAGCAAAACUUUGUGUUAAAGGAUUGGACAUGACUUAUGCUUAUUGCAAAAAUAAUGGAAUACCUUUCAAGAAAUGUGGAAAGCUUAUCGUAGCUGUUGAUGAUGAGGAAGUUCCUAGACUUGAACUUGUUUGGCGUGGUAAACAAAAUGGUGCAAGAGAUCUCAAGUUGUUGGAUAAACAUGAAAUUGCCAGCAUUGAACCUCAUUGUGUGGGAGUUCGUGCCAUUCAUUCUCCUCACACUGGAAUUGUGGACUGGGGCAAGGUUGCUUUAUCCUAUGGUGAUGAAUUUAAAAAAUCAGGAGGGGAUGUUAAAUUAGACUUUGAGGUAAUGACGUUUUCCAGCAGUAGAUAUCGUGAACAUCCUAUUGAAAUCACCUCAACACAUGGUGAUGUUGUAUACAGUCGUCAUGUUGUAACAUGCAGUGGCUUAUAUUCUGACCGUGUGGCAAAGCUAUCAGGAUGUGAUUCACAGCCACGUAUAGUACCAUUCAGAGGUGAAUACUUGAAACUUUCAGAUGAAAAAGGAAAGAAUCUUAUUCGAGGAAAUAUUUACCCAGUCCCCGAUCCUUCUUUACCUUUUCUUGGUGUUCAUUUUACACCACGUAUGGAUGGCAGUGUUAUCCUGGGACCGAAUGCUGUUUUGGCCUUUGCUAGAGAGGGAUAUACCAUUACAAACGUGAACAUUAGGGAUAUGCUUGAGUCCGUGGCUUUCAGAGGAUUGCGUAAACUUGCACUGAAGAACGUUCUGUUUGGUGUUAGUGAAUUUUAUCAUGGACUAAAUAAACGUGCUCAAGUAAAACGAUUACAAAGAUAUGUACCAAGUAUUCGCCAUGAAGAUAUUGUUAGGGGUCCAGUUGGCGUUCGAGCCCAGGCCUUAGACGUGCAUGGUAAUCUGGUGGAAGACUUUGUUAUAGAUCAAGGUAGCGGAGAAUUAAGUGGUCGGUUAUUGCAUGUAAGAAACGCUCCUUCUCCUGCUGCAACAUCUUCACUUCCUAUUGCGGAAAUGAUUGUCGAUGAAAUGGAAGCACGCUUUGAAUUGAAAAGUAGUUGACCGCAAUGAAUACUAUUGCGGGCAAGGAUGGAUUUUAAAUUGUAAUAGAAUCAUAAAUUUUUAACGUCAUUUUUUCGUCCUCUACAAUGUCUCCUAAGAAUAAUGAAUUUAGAAAUCGCCGAAAGAAAAUAAUACAAUUUUUAUAAUGCAAUUUGCCAAUGUUACAGCAA